AUGAUUUGGCGUUGUUUUAUCUGCUAUGUGUUUGUGGCACUGACUCUUAAAAAGCUGCUGAGUCAUGUUAACUCUUUACACAGUCGUAGUCCCGACUUUCGCGUCGUGUGUGGCAUUGAUGGCUGCCCAAAUGAGUACAGGGUGUAUAACUCAUAUUAUUAUCACAUAAAACGGACGCACGCUCAUCAUCUUCACAAUGGCGCGCUUGGACCAGGGGAUGACGAGGCGACAUCAUCACCAGGAACGCACCAGGAGACCACAGACAGCAUUGUGAACAACUCUGUAGCCGAGGACUCUACGCACACUGAUACAACGCAGGAUUGCUCAUCAGUGACUGAAGAUAAUUCAUUCAGAGACACACAAACGGUAGGUUAUCGUUUUUCCUUUAUAUAUUGUGUUUUUACCACCGCCCCAGCCCACAAUGGUAUUCUGUUUAGAUUUCAGUGGUGUUUAAAUGCAUGGCUAUACACUAACUAAUAUAAUGGUGGUAUGUAUUGAGUUGAUGUAAAUGCUAUUAUAGAAAUAAAAAAGACCGUAUUGGACUAACCAAUUCAUGUCUUAACAAAAAAAGUAGUCAGAUUGGGGUCACAUAAAAAUCUUAUCCAAUGGUGUUCUGUGGGCAAGGCAGUGGUUCUCAAUCUGUGGCUUGGGACCCCCAGGGGGGUCGCCAGUGAAGUCAUACUUUAAGGACUUGUAAGACCCUGAAAGAAAAAUACCAUUUACAGAAUCAGAAAUAAUCAACAAACCUUGCUAAAACAUUGGGAGGGUUCCCCUCCCCAAUGCAGUUCAAAUAUGAUGGUUUUGGGGGGUCACUGCUGGAGGUUGAGAACCACUGGCCUAAUGCAUAUCAAAUGGGUUCUUGAUUAUUAAUAUUGCCUUAUAACAUGCCCAGUUAAAAGUAGUGUCUUAAUGGUGGUGUUAUUUAAACCAAUGAUUCCAAACUCUAGCUCUAAACCCAAAGACAAGUUAGACGUUUGCCUGGCACCCAAAAAUAGUAAAAAAUAUAUCUACAAGCUGACAACACGCCACAUUGUGAGCUACUUCUUAAACAUUUUUUUUCUAAUUUAUGGAAUUUCUUAGAUUCAUUUGUUCAUGAUUUGAUUUGGGGUAAUGUUGAGAUGUUGAAAUGUAUUGAAAUCUUAUAUAUUGAAUAAUAAUAAUGAUGAUGAUGAUGUUUGGGGAACAAUGAGUUAAAGCCACAUCACCUUUCCCUGUUUUAAGAGAGAUGUUUUUUAGUUUUUUAAUAUCAGAUUGGAGAAGGUGGAGAGGGUCCUGAGAAGGUUGAUCUUUCCAAACAUGCAACUGCAUUUCUUCUUCAAGCGAAAGAAACCCAACGACUGACACAGGUAGUGUAUGCUAUUGUCUUCUACUAGAAUUUCACUGUUAGAAGCAAGCAUUUAAUAAAUAAUCCUAAAAUGUUAGAAUGCAUUUAAAGGACAACUUUAGUUUUUUCAAUCUUAGCUCUGUUUUAGAAUGUGUUUAGGACAUGUGAAAGCUGAGUGUUGAAAUUAUUUUAUUUGCUGCUUUCUUUAGUUUUAGCCAUUUUACUGUGGCUAAAAUGCUGUUUGUACAGGGGCUGGGGCAAUCGUACAAGGGGCUAAACUUGUCUUAUUUUACAAAAAAGGCUGGCGAUUUAUUUUUAUUUGUCAACUGACUGGGGUCUAUAAAGGCCAUAGUAAAUAAAAACAAAAAGAUUCAGCAGCUUAUUUUGUAAAAUAAGACAUAUAGCCUCUUGUACCAUUUCCCCCGUCCACCUAUACAAACAACAUUUUAGCCACAUUGAAAUGGCUAAAACUAAAGAAAGUAGCAAUUUAGAUAAUUUUGACACUCAUCUUUCACAUGUCCUAAAUGCAAUCUACAACAUGAGAAAAGGCUGGGGAAAAAAAUAAAAUAAAAAAAUAAAGUUGUCCUUUAAAGCCUGUGUGUGAGAAUCAUAUAGAUAUUUGUAUAUUAAUCUAUUUGUUUGUGUAUAUUCCACACUCAUCCCCUCCCCACCCCGCCCCAGAGAGCUGUUAACCAGAUGGUGAAUGGAGUCCAGCAAUAUCAAGCAGCAUUACUGGAUCACCUAAAACAUCAAAUGAAUGACAUGAUUGAAAGACAUUCUGGCAACCUUGAUCAACUGAAGAGCGAUGCAAUGGAUAUAUUUGACCAGUUUAGUGACCCUUUCAGUGACAUUUCUACAACUUAUUUGCAGGACAAGAAAAUUACAGAACUGUUGCAACCAGUUGAAGCAGAGCUUGUGGUCUUAAAGAAUUCAGCAUGUUAUGUGAAACGUGGAGAUGCAAGAGUCCUUGCCAUUAAGAGCCAUUACUUUCAUUAUAUACCAUUGCUUGAAAGUUUAGGGCAGCUGCUAUUACAUCCAAGAAUUCUUGAAAUGAUUGAAGAAGGGCCACAACCAUGCAAGUAUGGAUUUGUUUAUGAUUUCAUUGAUGGGGACAUUUUUAAGGUGCAUCCACUUUUUUCAAAAUUUCCCAAAGCAUUGCAGUUAAUUGUAUACACAGAUGAAAUUGAUUUAUGUAAUCCCCUUGGAUCACGGGCGGGCAAUAAUAAAUUGUUGUUGAUCAUUACACUCUAGGUAACAUCAAUCCUAAAUACAGAUCAAGACUUGCUGCUAUUCGUUUGCUUGCCAUGGUAAAAUCUAAAGAUCUUUCUAAUAUCGAUAAGAUAUUUCAGAGACUUAACCAUGAUUUAAAUGAACUGUAUGUCGGUGCUAAAGUUUUCACUGCAAAUGGUGAGCAGACAAUUUAUGGGGCUGUUAUGGCUGUGUGUGGAGACACUCUAGCUCAACAUGAAGUUGCUGGAUUUAAGGAAGGAGUAGGGUUUGCAUACAGUAAAUGCAGGCACUGUGAAUGCAACUUUGAAGACAUGCAGGAACAGUUUAAUGAGGAUUUGUUUGUUAAAAGGACCAUGGCAAGUCAUAUAAGACAAUGUUGUAACAUUGAAAGGGCAAGCACGAACAAUCUGAAAGAAAAAUUAAAAACAACAUAUGGUGUAAACCGAAGGAGCAAACUUACAGAAUUUCCUGGGUUUAAUUUAAUUACUCAAACCCCUGAGGACAUAAUGCAUAUUAUUCUUCAGGGUGUAGCGCCAUAUUAA